AUAACUUAAAACCGAGUUCCUGUUUCCCCUGCAGAACUGUAGGUUUUUGUAGUCUGUGACUGUCUGAUUUUUAGCUUGAUACACAGCAACUAAAGAAGUGACUUUGUUUACGCAGGAUACAGAGUAUGUAUUUAAAAAGAGUUAUUUCCUCCUAACAGUAAUUAUAUUUCAUCUCACUAUUCACUGCAAAAGCCUCAGCCAGUUGCAUCUGUGGAACAUUUCUUUGCAGGGGUUGCGAUUUCAAUCUUCAUAAAAGAGGAAAUAGCUUUAAACAGAAGGAUGAUUUCUCACAACAUGACAUGGAUAAGAUAUCCAAGCCAUAGCGUCGACCCAUCUAUUGGAAUAGAAGACCUCAUAGUUUCUCAAAAUGUCAUAUCAAGAUUUAUGCACUGCUACAUUGCCUUCUUUGUACCAACAGGUUUAAUAGCCGGGACAUUGAUCCUGACCAUCUUCAUUAAGAACUAUUUGCGGCAGAGAGAAUUGAAAAACUUAGACAUAUUUCUUUUUGAUUUCACCAUCAGCAACAUUGUAAUGAUAUUUUUUUCAUUCACUGUCAUAACUAGACCUGACUAUUUAAUGGCAACCCAGUUAGGCUGUGGUGCUCUGUCGUUUUUUUUCAAUGUGAGUUAUUUCAAUUCUCAGUAUCUUCUGAUUUUGAUGCUUCUUGAUGGGAAUCUAUUGAGUAAAAAAGCAAGUACUGUUUUGAUGACCAAAGCAACUCAAAGUCCAAUGUUAUGUGUUGGAUUUGUUCUAAUAUGUGCCUUCUGCAUAUCACUGGUAGUGGUGGCAUUGCUAGGCACAGAUAACUACCACAAAGAAACAAACUGCCAGUUAGACCCAUUAUUCGCAUGGCCUGAAUACGAGAUUGUUAAAUUCAGCUUUGGGUUUGGAAUUCCAUUGUUUUUCCAGAUACUCUGUUUUAUUCUAUUUUUUCUUAAAAAAGCACAACCAGAAGCUCCAACCCUGAGACAGUAUCUGGCUGUGCUGACUAUAACCAUAACAAUGUUUGUAUGCCAUCUGUUUUACAACAUUAUGAUUCUCUCCAGGACCACAUUAAAGAUACACAAAAGUAUAGGAACUCCCAAGAAUGAGCUAAUGAUGAAUAUUGCAGAGAUAGUGUUGUUUAGUGAGAACUGCAUUAGUUUGAUAUUCAUACUUUGUCUUCAUAAACCAUGCCGGGAUGGAAUACUGGAAAUCCUAAUGAAUCUCACAAAAGUUUGCAGAAAAGAUACUACCAACAAUCAAUCAUCAUGAAAUACCAGUAACAGAUAUACAUGGUGAAAAUGGGUCUCACUGACUUCCCUCCCCACGCAAAGUAUUUAAACAUUUUCACUUGUUUUAUCAAGAAUGUCCAUUGGUUUUGGCCCAAGACUAGACCUGCCUUACAAAUAUCUGAAGAAAAAUGUUGUUUGGGACCUACUGUCAAGGUUUUUAAAAUGAAAGGAACUGGUUUAUGUUGGAAUUUCUCUAAACCAAAACAAAAAGUCUAACACAUACUGAUGCCAGAACAGCAUGCUUUCUUGAUGACUUUGAUGCACAAGCACGGAAAUAAACAAAAGCACAGCAAAAGCUUCUUUACCAAAGACAAAAUCAGGAGGGAAAGAGAUUCUGUUUUCAUAACUGUAUUUCCAUGCAACUGGAAUUUAGUGUACUCGAGAUGGACAAUAUUUCUGUAUUAUACAAAUAAUGGCUAAUUUGAAGGGCCAUAGCAGUAAAAUAUGGCCCAAGAGUGAAAAAAGUCUUGAAAUUGUGAUAUUGGCAGAACUGGGAUAUAUUGUACAGUAUUCCAUAAUUUAAAAAAAUAGAGUGUUAACCUGAGAACAUUCUCUCCCCUCCAUCCACCCUCCCUCUUGGAGCUCAUCAGGGGAUUUUUUGCCUUCAUUCCUCUUGUGGACAUAGCAGUCUUUUGAGAGAGAGGAGGAGAGAUCCAAGAUUAUCUACCUAUCCACGAUAGCCUUUGGAAAAGUGGACAAGUUAGUGUCUCAAAUACAAGGCAACUCUGGACCGAAAGGAAGACUUCAGGACCCUCAAGAGUCACAGAAUUAGGACAGAGAAACAGGAUGGCAAAUUAAGCCCAUGUAUAGGAAUGCAGGAUUUUUUGUUGAUGACUUCAGUGCACAAGCACAGAAAUGCUCAGGUGCUAUAACUCAGCAUUAAGACUGAGGAUAAUUAGUGAUGAGUCUUGUGGGAAGAUGGAUCCACUUAGCUCCAUCCAGAUGAUAAAGGAGGUGAAGCCUCUAGGAAGAGGGAAUCUUAGGAUGAGGUUUAAAAAAAUUAUAAAUAAAGGUAGACCCCCAAGAAGGGGAGAGUUUGGACUCUAAUGCGGGUUCUGUGUACUCUGCUGAGGAAAGGGUAGGGACUAACAUUUGGUACUAGAGGUGGGAUUCCCUAAGACUCACUGCACAAAGAGGGAAAAUAGAAGAAAUUCUAUAUGGAUGGUAGAACAGCAACUACACCAUCAGCCAGUUCAGAAAGUCCCCUUGCAGCACCAGCACAGGCUGAAGUCCAAUAACUACCAGUUUCAGAGGCAAAUGAGGCUUACCUGACUGGCCAAUGAUGGGGCCAAUUAAUGCCAAUGGUGUUGGUGGGUUUUAUGUGGACACAUGUCCACAUACCUAGGACAUGCCUGAGAAAUGAGACUGAUGUAUCCAGCAAAGGCUGCCAGGCUCAAUUGGGAUUUCCAGAAAGCACUACUGUUUCUUUGGACAGUGGAUUGGUUUAGUUUUUUGAUUUCUUAUUCUAUUUUUAUACUGAUUGCAAUGUGAAAGAUGGAUGAUUAGUUAGAGUUUUAAUGUUUUGUGCCUUUUUUCUUGAAGUUUUAAAAUCUGAGAUACUAAGCCCAGUUUUUUGUAACACAA